GCGAGGAAGGCGGGCAGGGUUUCUGUUCUCAGCUAAGCGCUCUUUUUCAGAGGCCUCUUUCUGAAUCGCCUUGAUGGUUGCUGAGAGUCCGCAGGUCUGGUGUCUGAAAGCCCGGGCUGCAGGCUGCAGGGCUGCUUUGCAAAGCCUGUCUGCUAACUUGGGGGCUGCCCCUUUCUGCGGCAGCAAGUAAAAAGGCAGAUUUCCUUGAGUCACUGGUGGAAGAGACGCUCCGUGUGUGCCUGCUGGCUUUAGGAAUCGGGUGUUUAUUUGUUGCUGUGAGUGUUGAAGCUCGGGUAAGGGGGAGGACUCUGCAAGAAGUCUGCAAGAAGGCAGACUGUCGGUUCUGCUUGCUGGGAGUUGGCAUAGGGAACCGCCUGGCACCACGGCUGACCUCUUUCACGGGGAGAUCAGUCGGGACAUAGAUGGACUUGCCAGGAAAUAAGCAAUUGCUGAACGAUGUGAACUUUAGGAGGGGGCAUCCUUGAGUGAAGCAGGGAACUGUGCUGUGAAUCUUUGUGAGUCCAGAAUGUAUUGGAAUUCGGGGCUUUGCGGGAUUCCCGGCUCCUGUAAACCAAGAAGCUGGAAGGGCGAAUGUUAAUUCAGCUCCGUGUUUGUGGCUUUGACUGCAUCCUUGCUAAUCUGAGUAUUUAUUGUGCUCUUGGAAGGUAAGUCCAACUUCAGUUAGGAAAAACAAAACAAAACAAAACAAAAGCACACACACAAGUCCAGGAUUUUGUAAUUUAAAAUAUACCCUUCAGGUAAAGCAUGACUUUUGUUCAGUUCUGUUAGCAUGCAUAAAGAUUCAAGGGGUGACUGACAGUGAGAGCUUUGGAGUGAGGUCAGGGGUGGGUGGUUAGCCAAGACUUGUAACUUCCAGGGAGAAUGAGAAGUUGUAAAAGUCAGACUAGCUGUCUCCCUCCCUCUUUCCCUCCUUCUUUUCUGUCUUUCUCUCUUCUCUUCUCUUCUCUUCUCUCCUUCCCUUUUCUUUUUCCUUUUCCUUUUCUCUCUCUCUCUCUCUCUCUCUCAAUUCACUUGCUCACAACAGGAUCAUUAGGUUUCCCAGAAGUGGAAGCGGGUCCUCUGACAUAGUUUAUAGCUCUUUGAAGCUAUUUGGUGUGCUGACAUGCCCUGAAACUUCAUUCUGCAGAAUCUCAAUGUGGUAACUUUUUCUUUUCUCUUUAAAUGCAGAUGCUGCCUUUGUGUCCUUUUAUUUAUUCCAGGAAAAUGCGGAGAUCAAAUAGGCUUGCCUAGAAAAGAAAGUGGAGGCUGCCCGGGUCUGUCCUUUACUUUCUGUAGCUUUUAAAUGGAUAAACUGCCUGUCCUUCCUCCAUCAGCACGCGAGUUUCCCCAGAUGCAAAGCCUUUCUCUAAAGCAAAGUUGCACAGGGGAGCUCUAGCUUGGAAACAAUUUGCUCUUUUUCCCCCUUCUCUGCCAUAAACACUUGAAUGUGCGCACAGCCUCCUGGGGAUUGGUGGAGGGGGGCGUGUGGAAGAGCAAAAGAAAAUUGAGAAAUGCCUGUAUUUUGCUGCCUGUCCAUUUUUAAAAAGGGGCACGCAUUGCAAUCAUAGUUUAAAAAAAGUUCCAGAGAGUAUAGCCAAGGCAGCAUGCCGGAGCUUAACUAAGUCAGGACUUUGGAGGUGAGUUUUUCCCUUAUUAACAGCAAGUCCUGGGAGAAUUGAGAAGGUAUUAUGGUUUCUAAUCAGACCCAGAAUAGGCAGAGUAUAGGCUUUCUGGAUGAAAAAAAAAAAAAAAUCCAAACAAAAAAACCUCCUUCAUCAGGAACAGUGGCUUUUUGUGCGAUCAUCUAGGGAGAGGGGCUCCUGUUUUCAGGGAGGUGUGAGGGAGCUGGCUGAAGUUACUCAGACCUGAGACCAGCCGACCGUCAUUCUAGAAACCCUGAGUAAACUAAGGAGGAGAAAAACCACCAAGACUUCAGGCCUUUAGAUUUUUCUUAGUGGUUUUUGCCGGGCACAAUGGAAUUUGGAACUAAAAAGAACUGAGCUUUACUUUUAGGAACAAGAACAGUGUUAGAACGCCUUGCUAGUCGAGUUCUAUGCAUGUAGGUAGAGUUUAGAAAGAAACCCAAGGCUGACUCACAUCAAGUGUUUUUCAAGUCCAGAAAAUUAUAGCCCUGGGACACAUAUUUUCUAUUAAAGUAAAAACAAACAAGCAAGAAAAAGAGAGAGAGAGAAAGGAGAGGGAGAGAAGAAAAGAAAAGGGAAAAAGGGGGAUUAUCUGAUUUUGAAUACUUGAUGGUUUUCUGCAGGGCAUAUUUGAUUUUUUUUUUUUUAACCUAAGGAUCGACUAAUUUAGAAUUGGGGGAAAAAAAGUAGGUGCUUUCCUUGUUAAAGUAAUGAGGGGAUUGCAUAUUUUUAUGGUGAAUGUUUUGCUGAACCACAGGUAGGUUUGGGAACUGACUCGGUUUUGUUCUAAGCGCUCCAAGGGUGGAGGGACUAAAAAGUGACUCAGGUGGCUUUAGACCACCGUUGGCUAAGGGACAGCUAAAGGACUGUAUGUCGGGAUAGCCAGCAUCUUUGAAUUUUCUUAUGGUAACAGAUACCUUUGCGGGGAUCAUCCCUGAGUUUUAUGAGAAGAGGCCAAGAUGGAGUAGCCUUCUCCUGGGAACCCUAUUGUGUCUGGCUCAGAGCCUGGCUGACCUCCCACUGCCUCAUCCAGGUCCUGAGCUGGGUGGGAACGAGGGCUCUGGUUACACUGGGCCAACCCAGCCUGCAGCUUUGUGUCGUGGAUCUCUGGCUCUGCCUUUCUGGGCACAGCGUUGCUUUCCCGUGGGCAGCUGAGCACAGUAGACUAGAUUGGGUUUCUGGACGUAGGGUUCGUUUUCUUCCCCAAAUACUUCAAAGUGGGCGAGGAUGCCCCAACCCGUGCGUUAACAGGGAGUACAUUGAGGACCCCAGUGAGAGGUGGCUUCCCUCUGAAUCAGAAUAGGGAGUUUUUCUUUUUCUCUUUGACUCUCUAUUAUUUUUGAGUUUUCUAAUGAAUUAGAAUUAGAAUUUCUAAUUUCUAAUGAAUUAGAGCAGUUCCCUACUUGAGUGAAAUAAGUUGCUGUCAAGACAGCCUUGUUUCUGUUUGCUUGGCCCUGGGGGACAGACUAGUUCCCGAUCUGCUGUCAGCCCUAGCAGAUGGCGGCAGGGAGUCUGCCGAAGCUGAAGCUUCUCUGGUCUUUCCUGUAGAUAUAAUGCAGCAUCGGUAAAAAAACAAAAACAAAAAACAGCAACAACAAACACAUACAUAAAAAUCAACCCUCCCCCUGCCCCCCCGCAAAACCCUGACCCCAAUGAUGUACAAUCGCCUAAUGAUUUUUUAGAUGUAGUGUGGGUUCUCCUCACCUGAACCGAAUGCCAGCUAGCGUGGAAGGCUUGGGACUCUGGCAAGGAGGCCAGAGCGUGCCUCCCCUGGGGGAAGCCCCUGGAGAAGUGGGGAAAGUGCGGAGAGCAGCUGUGUGCCACAGACCAAGAUGAGCAUGUCUCUUCUCCUGGCCUGGGCAUGCUCUGAAGGUCGCAGCAGUGAGAAGCCAGACGAGUGAUCUGGUCUGAACAGCACUGAAUGGCUCUGUGAAAUUCCCUCCUGGGAGGACAUAGAUCCCAAAUUGCAGAAAGCCAAUAAAAAAAGGUCACGUGGGGAAAAAAAAAAAAAGGUCACCUGGAGGCAGAGAUCCUAAGGAGCUCCAGCGGCCAGAGGGCCCCUGACUGUUCAAGCUGGUGCUCAGCCCCGACCUGGCAGGUGUAACCUCAUCUGCACCACUGGGGCCUGGGCAGGAGCACCUUCCUCCAGCCUGUUUGCACCCUGUCACCAGAGCUGGCCUUUAACUGCCUGCCUUCGGCCUGGUUUGUGUCACCUCUGACCACCGGCCCCUCCCCAGAGCCUUUUCUGCUGUAAGCUGCUUCCUUGCUCAAAAUCUCUCCUGCCUCCUGCAUGGGCAGGCCCAGCCUGACUCCCCCACUCCCCCCACUCCUCCCCCUGACUCUGGUCACCAGCUUUCCUUUGUGGGGAGCUUGGCCUCAGCCUGAUUGAGUGACCCCCCCCCCAUGGUAUUUCAUUGAUUGUCUCACCCAUCCAUUUCUCCUUGAAGGCCUCCAUAAACCACUUGAAUGGAAAUCCCUCACCCUCCUGCUCUGGGGGCCACUCACCACCACCCUGCUGCCUUCUUGCCCUUGUCGGUUGGCUGGCAAGUUCUUGGGGGAUGGGCCACGGUGAUCCCUGUCUAUUAGCCCCAGAGCAGUGCCCCUCACAGAGGAGGUUCCACAAACAUUCGGGGGCAUGAAAAGGCUGAUAUCUGUCUCAGCUUGAUGAGGGGUACUGAAAAGUGUCUUCUGGACUCCUGCUCCCGGGAUGGCCUCAGACCCCUGGUCUUGGUGGAGCCUGGUAUCACUGCUGACCGGGAGUUCCCCAAACACCUGCCUCGAGCUAGCUGUGGGGCCUGAGGAUGAAGACGUGGGGAUGCGGAGCUUGGGCAGGAAGAAUGUGGCGCAACACAGCCUGGAGAUGUGGGUCCUGGUUGGGGCCGUGGCAGGAGAAACGGGACACCUUCGCUGGGAUAGGAGCGGCUAAAGGGUUGGUCGAGAAGACUCUUCUCGGUCUGUGAUGGGAAUUUGCAAACACGCUGAAGCCCAUUUUGGGGAGAGCAGCCAGUUGCUUGAACAUUUGGCAGGCUCCGUCACAGAGGGACUGACUCUGGGCUAGAGAGAGGGCCUGUUCUCUGCAGGCCGACUGCCACCCCGUGCAGACUAAGCUUGGGGACGUCUAAAUCUGGCCUGACUGCCCUCUCCCUGGGUGAGCUCAGGCCACCAUUUGGAGGCAGUGACAUGUUGCCUGCCAGUUGCUGUAGUUCACUCGUGGGAGAUACUUGGUUGAUGAAUAAGGAGGCUGAGAAGUGGGAGGCACAUCUCCCAGAAAAGUUCUCCCAUUGAUUCCCCAAUGGCCUUUUGCCAUUGGGAAUUCGGGUGGUGGAUCAGUCCCUUUGCAGACCUCAGGCCGGUGGGGAGGACCAGCUAGAUGCUGGGUCCGCCGUAGGCCAUAGGAAACGUCCCUUCUUGUCCUGGUGGAAGUGGGAUGCUCCCUGCAUACGGGGGUGGGAAAAGGUCCAGAGCAUGUGGCUACUGUAGGGAGGGGGGUCAGAGAGAGCACGGGAAGUGCCAGGGAGAAGUGAGCAGACGGGGACAGGUCCAGUUCUCUGCCCUCAGUUGGGUGUCUGGGCUCUAGCACAAUGGAACUUGCACCACCCAUGUCUUGUGAAACAUCCCUCCAUCACGAUGUACUUAAUUCUUAAUGUCAGAUUUCAAAUAAUACCGAAGUUGAUGGGGUGAAAUUUACAGUCCCCUCUUGGGCCUCCACCCUACCCUGCCUGCCCAAAGCUUUAUCCUUCUUGAAGGUUUUUUUUCUAUGCCUCUGUGCACGUGUAUUUACAUAAAGUUGCUCCUCCUUUUGGCUCUGGUUUUUCUGUCCCCCAGGUCGUUCUCGGUCUGUGUAUCUGCCUCUGGCCUCUCCCUUCAAGUAUGCUCUAACGUUCUAUCUUCACAAAAGCAGAUGCCCCCAUCUUACGGCUACAGUGGAUAUGCCCUACUUUAUCAAACCAUCCCUCUCCCGAUGGACAUCGAAGUUGCCUCCAGUAAACAUACCUGCGGGGACAGCUGGGGACAGUUGGGGACACAGGAAUCUUUUGAGAGGUGAAAUAUGUGAACUUGUAAAAUCAAAAAGCUGUAGAAAAUUCAAAGCCCUGUUUUUUUCCUUCUGUCAGGACCUUUUAGGCAGAUGCCUUAGCACUUAGUUGCAAGAGGGUCCCAUCCUCCCUCCCGCCUGCCCUGGUUGGGGGCGGCUCUGAGCCCUCAGGAAGGCAGGCAGUGUUGACUCUGAAAGGUAUUCCUGAGCUCUGGCCCCAGGCUGGCGGGAGUGGAGGUGCUGCCUUAUCCCAGCAGAGAGAGGUUGGUCCCCGUGGGAAGAGGGGUCUCCUCCAGGUCCGGGGCAGACCACUGCUGCCUCCCAGGAUGAACACACCAGCACCCUGGCCCAGAGGCCUGGCCACUUAGACGGGAGCACGGAUCCUUCCGGAUGGAUGCAGAACGUGGUGGUGGGGGGGCUGUCUGUAUACCGGUAGAGGCCAUCUCCUGCUUUUGCUGGAGGGCAGCCAGAGUGCUGGUGCAGGAUGCUCAAGGAGUUAAAGUGGCCCCUGUGGUCCAUUGGGCUGCCCCCUCCCUCUACCAGGACAGGAAGAGAGGUUUCCCAUGACAAAGUGAGCUUUGUCACCAGGCCUUUGGAAACCUGGGAUCUGGGUAGACACUCCAUAGUUUGCCAUACUGAUGGCUCUGUAGGAGCCCUUGUGAGGAUCUCAGCCAGUGGCUGAGGAAGAUUCCUCUUUCCAGUGGUGGCCACAUGCUGUCGCUGGAAUGGCAUGAAGUGGACCGAUGCAGCCCAGCCCUCUUGGACACUGGCUCAGGCAGACGGGCCUCUGCUGCAGGCCACACACGGCAUCCAUGCAGAUUGUCUUUGUCAAAUCAUAUUCUUUCCUGGAAACAGCCCUGGAUUGUUUCCAAAACCAAAUGCAGGAAAAAUACCAAAAGGACAGGGGGCUAAGCUGUUGUGAGUCCCGUUUCCCUCUUUAGUCCCCUGUUGGGAUUUGCAGGGAGUUUGAGGACCACAAUUUGUUUCAUCUUCUCUCUAUGCCUCCUUCCUUCUCUUGACCACUAAGGCCUCCCGCCCUGGGAGGGAGGGGUACCAGGGGGUCCCCCUGGGGGAGGUGGUGGUCCAGGCACAGGCCUCGGGCUUCAGCUUCUGGGCUGAUGGUUGGUGGGAGAUCAGUGAUUGGGGCCCAGCUGGCUUUCACGCUCGAGCCAGGAGCUUUGGAGCCUCUGCUCUCUCCUUCAGCCCUGACUGGAAGAAUCUCACUGGGGCCCCCCAAGGGAGGGGAGAGGACUGCUGGAGGGGAGCCUUGCCCGGCGAGCAAGAAAUGCUUCUAGCUCAGAGGACCAGUGAUCGCUGAGUCGGGUUUUUAUUGCCCAGAGGGCAGAGGUGGAAACCAAGGAUGGAGCCGAGCCCUCUCCCACCAUGGCUGGAGCUCCGGGAAUAGCAACAGUUGGCAGCCCGGGAGGGUGGGUCCCGACACCUUGACCUGGCCCUUUGCUUGCUGCCCGCAGCACCAUGGAUCUGCACCUCUUUGACUACUCGGAGCCAGGGAACUUCUCCGACAUGAGCUGGCCUUGCAACAGCAGUGACUGCAUUGUCGUCGACACGGUGCUGUGUCCCAACAUGCCCAACAAGGGGGUGCUGCUGUACACGCUGUCCUUCAUCUAUAUCUUCAUCUUCGUGAUCGGCAUGAUCGCCAACUCGGUGGUGGUUUGGGUGAACAUCCAGGCCAAGACCACCGGCUACGACACACACUGCUACAUUCUCAACCUGGCCAUCGCCGACCUGUGGGUGGUGGUCACCAUCCCCGUCUGGGUGGUCAGUCUCGUGCAGCAUAACCAGUGGCCCAUGGGAGAGCUCACGUGCAAGGUCACCCACCUCAUCUUCUCCAUCAACCUGUUCGGCAGCAUCUUCUUCCUCACGUGCAUGAGUGUGGACCGCUACCUCUCCAUCACCUACUUCGCCAGCACCUCGAGCCGCAGGAAGAAGGUGGUCCGCCGUGUUGUCUGCGUGCUGGUGUGGCUCCUGGCUUUCUGCGUGUCCCUGCCGGACACCUACUACCUGAAGACCGUCACGUCGGCGUCCAACAACGAGACCUACUGCCGUUCCUUCUACCCCGAGCACAGCGUCAAGGAGUGGCUUAUCAGCAUGGAGCUGGUCUCUGUGGUCUUGGGCUUCGCUAUCCCCUUCUGCAUCAUUGCCAUCUUCUACUGCCUGCUGGCCCGUGCCCUCGCCGCUUCCAGUGACCAGGAGAGGCAGACCAGCCGCAAGAUCAUCUUUUCCUACGUGGUGGUCUUCCUCGUGUGCUGGCUGCCCUACCACGUGGUGGUACUCCUGGACAUCUUCUCCAUCCUCCACUACAUCCCCUUUACCUGCCAGCUGGAGAACUUCCUCUUCACCGCUCUGCACGUCACACAGUGCCUGUCGCUGGUGCACUGCUGUGUCAAUCCUGUGCUCUACAGCUUUAUCAAUCGUAACUACAGGUACGAGCUGAUGAAGGCCUUCAUCUUCAAGUACUCGGCCAAGACAGGCCUCACCAAGCUCAUCGAUGCCUCUAGGGUGUCGGAAACAGAGUACUCCGCCUUGGAGCAGAACACCAAGUGACGUGCUCUGCGGGGUCUCGGGGACAAGUGUGUUGCUUUCUCCACAGCACUGGCUUGUGUCGUUCCCAAGAGUAAAGCAAGGUGGCUUUGGGGCUUGAGGCCGGGGUCGUGAGGAGAGGGGAGUGGGUGCCACCGAGCAUCCUUCCCCUUUUUCUUGGGUGGCCGCGGUGGCUGUCACGGCUCUGUGCGUGCGUCCUGCCGUGUGCAAGGCCCAUCAUGUGUCCAAGUCUGCCGCAGGGCAGGCUAGCCUGCACUUCUGUACAAUAAGACGUUCUGUGUUCCCUGGAGGUUUUAUAUGGUGAUUUGUAUUUAAAUCUUAAGACUUUAUUUUCUCAUUAUUGGUGUACCUUAUAAAUGUAUUUGAAAGUUUAAAUAUAUUUUAAAUAUCGUAUGGGAGCUAUAACGCGGACAUGUAUCCAGAGUGUUGUAGUUUUAAGGCUAGUUUGAUUUCAGUUUUGACUAAGGAUGACAUUAAUUGUUAGCUGUUUUGAAAUUUUUAUAUAUAUAUAUAUAUAUAUAAAAAUCUAUAAAUCUAUGCCAGUCGUGGCUGAAAUGUUUUAUUUACGAUAGUUUUCUAUCUGUGUGGUGCUCUGUACUGGCAUGGGAUACAAAACAGGAAAGACUCUGUAAAACAGUUUGUGAUAUUCAUAGUUUUGUAAAGUUACCUUAAAAAAGCAAAACGGGGCAGACCUGUUCCAGGCUGCAACACUGUGCACAAAACGAACAGUCUCAUUUUGGAGAGUUCUCUCAAUUUGUAAGUUAUUAUUUUUUUUUAAAUAAAGAUUUGUUUUUCCUAAAAAGGCA